AUGGAUUCUACAUCUCUGUUCCCGACAUUUUUAGAUGUGGAUCUGACAGUAUCACAUAUUGAAUGUCUUCCCAAGAAUAUUCUGGUGAAAUUUCAAGGCAGAAAUAAUAGUGAAUGUGAGUUUGACUACCACAUAUUGCAGAGGGAAAUACAACAUAUUCCAAAAGUAAAAAAUAAUGUAAACAUUGAUGAACUUUGUUUGGUAGAAGAAAGAGCAACUGGAGAAUGGCAGAGAGGAAGAGUUGUAGACAAGAAAAACGAACUGUACACGGUACUCCUCAUAGAUCGUGGAGAAGAGCUAAGAGUUGAUAGUAUGCAUGUUGCUUCAGCCUGUGAUAAUUUAUUUGAUCUACCACCACGCGUAGUUUUUGGAAUUUUUGCCAAUAUACUUCCACUUGGGGAAAAAUGGUCUCCUAAGGCUUUGAAUUAUUUCAAGUCAUUAGUAGGAAUACAACUGAAAGGUUAUGUGCAAGCUAUUUUGCCUUUGCAAAUGAUUCUUCUUGAAGUGCCAAAAGUUAUAUCCCAGGCUCUUGAAUUACAAUUAGGGAGAUUUAUUGAUGGAGAUUCAUUUCGUCUUAUUGUGGAAAUGUUAAAAGAAUUCCCUCAACAAAUGCCAGAUUUAUUACAACAUAAAGAAUCUGAAUUACCAUUAAGUAAUAAUGAUACUUUACUUGAUGUUCAACAUAUUCUGGAUAAUUUGCAGCCAUCUUUGUCAGUAGGAAGUUUUGAAAGUGUAAAGGUAUCAUCAGCAUUGAGCCCAAGUAAGUUUUAUUGUCAAUUAAUUAAAUGGAUUCCAGAGCUAGAAAACCUGACAGUAUGUAUGACUUUGCAUUAUGAUAUUAUCAGUCAAGAAACUAGCCCCACUUGUGAUAAUUUUGGACUACUUUGUGUUGCCAAAAGGAGAAAUGGACAGUGGCAUAGAGGAAUUCUUCAACAACUCUUGCCCAAUAAUCAAGUAAAAAUUUGGUUUAUGGAUUACGGCAGUAGUGAGGCUAUACCCUCAAUUCACGUAAAGAAGCUGAAACAGGAUUUUAUUUUAGUACCAUUAUUUUCAUUUCCAUGUUCUCUGACAUAUUUACACAGUCCAGAUAGAGAUGCGAGAAAACUUCAACUGAGUGUAUUUAAACAAGCUUUAUUAGGACAAAUAGUAUAUGCACACAUUGAUUGCUUCAAUAAGGAUGAGCAUUUGUAUUAUGUAACAUUACAAGCUCAAGAGUCUACAAUUAAUUCUAAAUGUCUCCUGAAGACUGUAGACACACAAGUAUUUUGUCCAGUGUCUGAUCCAAAAAUCUCUAAUACUUUGAGUGAGACAAGUACUUCUGAUGUAAACAGCUUUGCAACUGAAGGUUUUMUUGGAAAUACUGAACAGUCAGUACACUGUCUAAAUAAAAGAGACAUUUUAAAAGUAGGUUUUCCUAUUAAAACUGUAGAAAUGGAGGUGGAGGCUGCCUAUGUAGCUUUUGUAGCAUAUGUAUUAAACCCAUCAAAUUUUUGGGUGCGUACCAAUGCCCAUCAGAAUGAAUUUCAAGAUAUAAUGAAAAAUAUAAACAAAUUUUAUGAUUUGUGUGAAAACGAUGAACUAAUUCUAAGAAAUCCUGAACCUGGAUUAUUUUGUUGUGCUAGAUACAGCAAGGACAGAUGUUUUUACAGAGCUGUCAUAACUGAAAUUAAUGGUUAUGAGAUUAAUGUUUAUUUUUUGGAUUAUGGAAAUACUGAUUCCAUACCAUUUUUUGAUGUAAAAAUUUUGCUUCCAGAAUUUUGUGAGUUGCCUGCCUUAGCCAUGUGCUGUUCACUUGCACAUAUAUUUCCUGUUGAAGAUUUAUGGGUAAAGGCAGCAAUUGAUUAUUUUAAAAAAAUUGUUUUGAACAAAGAAAUUUUGCUUCAAGUUAUAGCAAAAAAAGAUGACAAGUACACUGUAAAUAUUCAGAGUAUCGAAGCCUCAGAAAAUAUUGAUGUUGUCUCUCUUAUGUUACAAGCUGGAUAUGCAGAAUAUUGGGAAGUAGAACCCGAAUGUUUUCCAAAAUCUGAAAGUGAAUAUUCUGUUUUAAAUUUAAAAUCCAAUAACAAAGUUAAUAUUCAGAAAGUUGUGUCUGCCCUUCUUGAAGGACCUAAGUCUAAAAAGCAGCAAUCAAAUAAGCUGGAAGAAAAUUGCUCACCUUUGUCUGAGUCACCAACUGUUAAUUUCUCAGAUUUUAAAAAUUUUUUCACCUUGUCUGUGGCACCUAGGUCAUCAUGGACAUAUAAGGAAUAUAUGUUUAAACCAGGAACAGUUCUUGAAGUUAAAUGCUCUUAUUAUUAUGGCCCAGGUGAUUUUUCAUGCCAACUACAAUGUAAGUUAGAAGACCUAAAAUUACUGAUGGAAGAAAUACAGAAUUAUUAUAGCAUUCAUUCUGAUCCUUAUCAGAUUGGUCAGAUUGCUUGUGUUGCUAAGUAUUCCAAAGAUAGRAAGUGGUAUAGAGCUGCUGUUUUGACACAUGUAUCAAAAAAAGAAGUUGAUGUAAUAUUUGUUGACUAUGGUUACCAAGAAAGAGUUUUAAUUAAAGAUCUUUGUGCAAUUAAUCCAAAUUUUCUUUUUUUAGAAGGUCAGGCCUUCAGAUGUUGUCUUAACUGUUUAGUUGAACCCAUUAGUUGUAAAUUAUUUAGUUGGACAAGAGAAACAUCCAGAGACUUUGGAAAUUUUAUUACUUCAUCUAAAGGAUUAUUGACUUGUAUUAUCUAUGCUUUAGUUCUUAAACAUCCAAACUGUUUAUGUAAUUUAGUGGAUUUAAGAUCCUCAUUUACUAGUGCAAAAGAAUUUAUUAAUUGUGGCUCUGCACAAUAUAGCAUGUUAUCAAAGCCACUUUCAUCCUCAGUUAGUCUUUACAGUUUCUAUUAUUCUUCCUUUAACAUAAAAAUUGGAAGUGAAGAAGAAGUGUAUAUAUCUCAUAUAUACAGUCCCCAAAAGUUUUAUUGCCAGCUUAGUAGAAAUGAUAAAGAUCUGGAGAUGCUAGAAACAAAAAUCACAGAGAUGAUUAGCCUCAAAAAUUGUCCAAAAUAUGAUUCUAAUAAAAUGAGGUUGUGCAUAUGUAAAUAUGUGGAAGAUGGUCUCUCAUAUAGAGCUUUAGCAAAGCGAACAGAUUCAUCAUCUGACUUUCUAGUUUAUUUUGUGGAUUUUGGAAAUAAGCAGUUAGUAGAAGAAAACAUGUUGAGGGCCAUUUCAAGUCAGUUUCCAGAGUUGCUAUUUAUACCUAUGCAAGCUAUUAAGUGUUUUUUAUCAGAUCUUAGAGACAUAGAUAUUCCAGCAGAAAUCAAUAGCUGGUUUGAAAACAAUUUCUUGGGAAAACCACUGAAGGCAGUAAUAUUGUCCAGGGAGUCAGAUGGCCAGCUUGGUAUAGAAUUAUAUGAUGGGUAUCAACAUAUAAAUCAGAAAAUUAAAAUGUUGCUUCAUGCUUAUGGAAAAAAACAUUCUGACCAAGCACAGCAUGGGGAAAAGACUCAUAAAUUAAGUGAGAAUAAGAGGCUUGCUGCUUCUCUGAAAAGCAAAAUAGAAAAAAACUAUCACCAUAAUGUGAAAAGUAAAAGUAGUCUAGUAACAUAUUCUGAAAACAAAACAGAUAAAUUAGUGCAUCCUAAAAGUAUAUAUGCCAGGCUUUUGAAACCAUCAGUUUGUUACAAAAUUGAACCUGUGUCUAAAAACAAAGUAAAGAAGUCAUUGAAUGAUGGACUUAAAAAUAAAAGUGUAAAAAUUGUCCCUGGGUGUGCACAUAUUCUUGAUGAAAGUGAUGUGGGCCAAAAAUCGGUAAAGGUUGUAUCUCAGUCAUUUAUUGGUGGGUUAACUCAAACAGCCUCACAAAACCCACAUAACCUUAUUAGACCACAGACCAAAGACCUUCCUCAACCCCAAAUUUACUUGAAUGCUCAAGUAAAAGGGUAUGUAUCUAAUAUCAGUAAUCCAGCAAGUUUUCAUAUUCAGCUUGCGGAGAGUGAAAAUAUAAUCAUUAGACUUGCAGAUGCUCUAAAUGAAAGAAAAGAAAACAGAGUGAAAAAGCAAAAUUCAGUUAAACUGCUGGUGGGAGAUCUUGUCGUUGCAGAGUACUCUGGUGACAGUGCCAUUUACAGAGCAGUAAUUAAGAAAAUUUUGCCAGAUAAUUCUUUUGAAGUAGAAUUUAUAGAUUAUGGCAAUACUGCAAUAGUAAGCGCAUCUAAAAUUUAUGAACUUGAGAAGGAAUUCUUAGCUAUCCCUCCACUAGGAAUCCAUUCUUUUCUUAGUGGAGUAAAAUGGAAUGAGCCCAAUGAGAUAUGGGACAGCAAAACUGUGGAUUAUUUUGUUUCAAGAGUAAAUAACAAAACAGUUUCUUGUGAAUUUUUGAAAAAGCAUGACCAGAAAUGGGAAGUGAAUAUAAUCUGUGAUGACAAAUGUGUCAUUAAUGAACUACUGAAAUGGACAGCAUGUUCAAAACUACAGAAGACAGUAUUGCAAAUGCCUCCUGUUGUCUCUCAGAAGGUGAGUCUUGGUGUUGAUGAUGAAUUGAAAAAAGGAAGAUCAAGUGAAUCUGAAAGUUCUGUGAGCCUUCAGCCUUCCUACCAGGAGCUGGUGAAAAUUCCUUUUGAGGAGUUAAAACCCGGUCAGCUUGAAAAAGCUGAAAUACUUUAUGUUUCAAAGAGUGGAAGAUUUUAUGUGAAGUUGUCCAAAAAUAAAAAAAUCUUAUCAGAUUUAACAUUAUUAAUUGCUAAAGAAGAACAAAACCCUUCUUUCUUAUCAAUGGAAAAUGUUGAAAAAGGUUUAGAAUGCCUGGCAAAAUCUAAAAAAACUUUAAAGUGGUACCGAUCAAAAGUAGAAAAAAAGUGUAUUGAUGGGAAAGUGCUUGUUUUUUUAGUAGAUCAUGGUAGAUGUGAAGUAGUGCCUUUAAAUAAUACCAAGGGGCUUAGUGGUGAAAUCAGAAAUAUUCCACAACAAGCUGUGCCUUGUAAAUGGAUUUGGUUUGAAAAUUCUAGGAACAAACCAUUUGAGUCCAUUGUGUGUUUAUUUGCUCAUUUGGAAAUAAAUGUUCUCUUCCUGAAAUAUUUAGACUCUGCUUGGGAAGUAGAAAUUUUGGUAGAUGGCAUGUUACUUUUGGAAUAUUUAAAUUUCAAUAUGGAUCAGGUUGAAGAAAACAAACUUCAAUCUUCAGGAAUAAUUUUCAACAUGGAAUCUCAGACUCUUAUGUCAUCAUGUGCAAUAAGAUCCUUUACUUGGGCACAACUCCAAAAUGGUCGGCAGUAUUCUGGUAUUGCCACUGCUGUUUCUGAUCCUUCAGACUUCUGUGUUCAGUUGGAGGAUUUCUUUGACACAAUGAAAUAUAUUUUUAUGUUGCUUUCUGAUCUACCUGAAACCUUACAAACAUUGCCUCAAGAGCUCAUAAUUCCUGGUUCUAGUUGUUUAUUCAAAUAUGAGUUGGAAGAUCAAUGGAAUAGAGUAGAAAUUUCGGAAGUCCAUGAUAGGUCUUUACAUCUUGUGUUCAUUGACUAUGGAUUUUCUCUUUAUAUAACUUAUUCAGACAUAAUAAAUCUUAAAGUUGUUCCUGAGGAACUUCUGAAUUUGCCAAGGCUGAGUUAUCCAUGUAUCUUACAUGGCAUCUUACCUAUUACAGGGAAACAUUGGAAUGAAGAAGUCAAAAGUUUUUUUCAAGAUUUUCUAAGCAAACCAGGCUUAGUUUUUCAGUUUAGGGAAUGUGAUUUUGAAACAAAACUGAAAGUAGAUGUCUUUCAUGAGAAAAACAGUUUGGCAGAUAUAUUAGUUGCAUCUGGUCUUGCAAUGUAUUCUAAGGAUUCAGCUCAUCUUGAUGCAAUUACGACUACUGGAUCUACUAAAAUCCAAUAUAAAUUACAGAAUAAGCCUUUUUGUGCAUUGUUAGAUCAAAAUUGUUUCAGAAAAGAACAUAUAAAUUGUAUGUGUGCUGAGAACCAAAAGCUGAAAAAGCAGAAACCUAUAAAAAGGAAAGAUGUCUAUAAGAGCCUCUUAAGGAAAAUACAUAUUAGGAAAAAAUUGGCUUCUAGAAAUUUAACACUGAGAAAUAAAGUUGGUAGUGGAAAACAUAAUCCCCAAAGUACCACUAUGUUUGAUACAUGUGCAGCAACUUCAUUUUGGGAACUGCCUGAUUGUUUGAAAAAUAAUACCAACUGGAUUGAAAGUAUUUUUGAAAAACUACAAUCUGAAGAAGUACAAGAAAAUAACACAUUGGAUUUAAGGAUAGGAGUAAAAGCAUUGCAAGUUAAUGAAAAAAUUAUAUCAGAAAAUUUACAGGGUAAGUAG